AAAUGAAACACAAAACAGAGUCUGAGUUUCUACUACUUCUCUUCAAGUCCUUGAAGAAAUGACAAAGAUGGGUGAACAAACUGGAAACAAGAACCAGAAUCAACAUGCUUUUGAUCUCUCCAUUAAUGUUCCUCCUCAAGGUUCCAAAUGCUUUGAUGAUGAUGGUCGCCUCAAACGAACUGGGUCGGUUUGGACGGCUAGUGCCCAUAUAAUCACAGCUGUUAUAGGGUCGGGAGUUCUAUCUUUGGCUUGGGCGACAGCUCAAUUAGGUUGGGUUGCCGGUCCGGCGGUGAUGUUUUUAUUCUCUCUUGUUACUUAUUACACAUCUACCCUUCUCGCCGCUUGUUACCGGUCCGGCGAUCCGGUCACCGGAAAAAGAAAUUAUACUUAUAUGGAUGCAGUCCGAUCUAAUCUUGGUGGGUUUCAAGUUAAGAUUUGUGGGAUUAUUCAGUACUUUAAUCUGUAUGGUGUUGCGAUUGGAUAUACAAUUGCUUCUUCCAUUAGUAUGAUGGCAAUACAGAAAACAGAUUGUUUUCAUGAGAAAGGAGAAAAUAAUCCAUGCAAAACAUCAAGCACUCCUUAUAUGAUCAUCUUUGGAGUUGUGCAAGUUUUUCUUUCUCAAAUUCCAGAUUUUGAUCAGAUUUGGUGGCUUUCUAUAUUAGCUGCUGUUAUGUCUUUCACUUAUUCGACCAUUGGACUUGGUCUUGGAAUUGGCAAAGUUGCAGAAACCGGCGAAAUAAAGGGUAGUUGGACCGGAAUCAGCAUAGGAGGCGAUGUUACAGAGGCUGAUAAAAUAUGGCAAAGCUUCCAAGCACUUGGUGACAUUGCUUUCGCAUAUUCAUACUCAAUCAUCCUUAUUGAAAUUCAGGACACGGUUAGAUCCCCACCUUCCGAAUCAAAAACAAUGAAAAAAGCCUCACUUAUAAGUGUAUCGGUAACAACAGUUUUCUACAUGUUAUGUGGUUGCUUCGGAUACGCUGCAUUCGGAGACCGAGCCCCAGGAAAUCUCCUAACCGGAGUAGGUAAAAUCGGAUUCCACAACCCGUAUUGGUUAAUCGACAUAGCAAACAUCGCAAUUGUAGUUCAUCUAGUAGGAGCUUACCAAGUUUAUUGCCAACCUUUAUUCGCAUUCAUCGAAAAAUCAGCCAAUCAACGAUUCCCCGAUAGCAAAUUCAUCUCGAAAGAAGUAAAAGUCCCACUUACAUCGCUAAAACUAAGUCCAUUCAGGCUCAUUUGGAGGACAUUGUUUGUGAUUUCAACCACGGUUAUAUCCAUGUUGAUGCCCUUCUUUAAUGAUGUAGUGGGAAUAUUGGGUGCAUUUGGUUUUUGGCCAUUGACUGUUUAUUAUCCAGUUGAGAUGUAUAUAGUUCAAAAGAGGAUACCCAAAUGGAGCACUAGAUGGAUUUGUCUAGAAAUUUUAAGUAUGGCUUGUUUGAUCAUUUCUUUGGCGGCGGCAGCGGGAUCUUUCGCCGGACUUUCGCAAGAUGUGAAGAACUAUAAGCCGUUUCAGUCGAGCUCUUAAGAGAUGAAUCAAUUAUGGGAUGAACUGGUUCUUAAAAAAAAAACUUAUCUGUUUUUUUUUAUUACUAUAUAUAAUGUCUAUUUUUUACUUUAGUUUAUGUACCUACUUUGUUGGAAGAAGAAGAAGAGAGGAAAGUGUCAUAAUUAAAGAGAGGUCUUCAUCCAAUUAUAAGUGUUGUACCAAAUUGAAUGAAAGGAACCUCUAAUUAUAAGUUGGAAUAAAUUGACAGAAAUUGAUC